GUCAGUUCGUCGGCGAGAUCGGCGACGAUGACGACGAAGACGACGACGACGAAGAUGCCAUGGACGCAGAGAAGGAGGAGCGUGGCAUCCACGUCGCCCAGCUGGAGGAGGAGGACGAGGAAGAGGAGCAGAAGAAGGAGGAGAAGUACCUCGUCGACAUCCAGAAGAUCGACGCCCACUGGCUGCAGCGUGAGUUGGGUAAGAUUUUUUCCGACCCGAACAAAUGCAUCGCCACGGAGAAGGAGAUCUUGUCGAUCCUGCCGAUCAAGGAUCUGCAGCAGUGCGAGAACAGGCUGGUGCAGGUGCUCCAGUACGAGAACUUCGAGUUCACGAAAUUGCUCCUCAAGAAUAGGCUCAAGAUUCUCUACUGCACCCGGCUUGGUCAGGCGCAGACCGAGGAGGAGAAGGCCGCCGUGAUGGAUGACAUGCGCCAGACGGCCGAGGCGCAGCCGGUGCUGGAGGAGUUGGACAGGGCGUCCAAGAAACGCGACCGCGAGAGGGACGUGACCAGGGACUUGCGCAAGGAGGUGAGGGAGCUGCAGAUGCGCGCGGGCCGGCAGGACCGGGACGCCAUGGACGAAGACGCUGGCGCGCCCCUCGGCAAGAAGGGCGCGAGGGUGGCCGAGGACCAGCAGAAGAAGCCCUCGCACAUGCUAGACCUGGAUAGUCUCGCCUUCCAGCGCGGAAGUCACUUCAUGGCCAACACGAAGUGCCAGCUCCCACCAGGAGCAUUCCGCGUGCAGAAGAAGGGCUACGAGGAGGUCCACGUGAAGCCCUACAAGGCCCCCGAGAUGAACCCGGAGGACAUGGUGCCCAUCUCCAAACUUCCUGGUUGGUGCAAGGAGGCCUUCCCGGGCACCACCAAACUGAACUACGUCCAGAGCAAGGUGUACCAGUGCGCGUUUCAGGAGCACCAGGAGAACAUGCUCAUCUGUGCCCCUACGGGCAGCGGCAAAACCAACUGCGCCAUGCUGACGAUUCUCAAUGUCAUGUCGCAGUUCAGGCUGAAGGACGGCUCAUUCGACUUGGCAGGCUUCAAGUGCGUGUACGUGGCGCCCAUGAAGGCACUGGUGCAGGAGGUGGUGCAGAGCUUCCAGCAGCGCCUCCAGAGCUAUGGAGUCAUCAUCCGCGAGCUCAGCGGCGACGUGAACCUGACGAAGGCGCAGAUCGACGAGACCCAGAUCAUCGUGACGACCCCCGAGAAGUGGGACAUCAUCACCCGGAAG